AUGGAUAUCCUCUAUCAGUGUAAGGAGGUUUUGAAGAUCCAGAAGUUUCGGCGUAUGGUGUCAUAUGCUGGAUUCUACUGCUUCACUGCCCUCAUUACUUAUGCUUACACAAGCAAUACGACAAGGGCUGGGAUCUCAAGGGCUGACCAGUAUUAUGCCUCGUACCCUGCUGGUACUGAGCUACUAACUGACACUGCAAAGCUUUACAAGGCUGCAUUAGGCAAUUGUUUUGAAAUAGACGAAUGGGGUCCAAUAGAGUUCUCCAUCAUGGCGAAGCAUUUUGACCGGCAAGGGAAACCACCAUAUGCCUACCAUGCUCAAUAUCUGGCACACCUCCUCUCCCAUGGGCAGCUUGACGGAAGCGGUUAA